AUGGAUCCCACGGGAGCCCUCCAUGACCUCAGGGAUUUCCUGAGGCUCCCAGUCCAAUCCAUCGACGACCUCUCUUUCCGAAUCUCUUCGACGCUCUCCGCUCUGAACAUACAUCGCACUUCGCUGGCCCCGUCAUCAGUCACCGCCAAAGACCUCAAAGCUAUAGAAAGAUAUCUUCCUGCUGUGCAGGGGACUCUCAUUCAGGAUGUUCUGCCCCAUUUUAUCGGAAUACUUGACGGCGACGCCCGGAGUUCGAUCAAGGCUUUGUUUUCUCCGCCGAGGCAAGCGGAAGGUCUUGCGAUUCGAAGGACAAUCGCGCUCUCCUCUUAUCUCACCCUCCCCAGCUAUCUCAACACUCCAAAAUCCGGCGAGCCAUGUCUCCCGAAACCUAUGCGAUCAUUCUUGAUAUCGCUACUGAGCGAUCUAGCUACCGACUAUAGCAUCGACGAUGUAUAUUACGGGAUCUUCAGCAGUGAUCAAACAAAGGAAGGGACAGAAGGCAUGAGCCGACUGAGGUGGGAAGAGGCCCUCAAGGCAGCUGUUGGAGUUCCGGCAAAAGCAGGGAAUGCUACUGGUCGCUGGAAAAUAGAAGAAUCGGACGAUAUCGAGGUGCCCCCUCGCCUACUGCCAAAACCAUACUUUGACGGCUUUGUGAGGAGGUUUGAGAGCCUUCUUUAUGAAGUGUCUCAGGAAAGCUCCAAGGAUGUUGCACCCCUGCGGCAAGUCCUUGAGAAACUGGCCAGCGUGGGCCUACUCUUAGCAGAGCCAGGAAGCGACCUUUCGGGUGUACCCUCUUUUCUCACCCCCCUUCUGCCUUCUCUUUUGAACCACCUCCACCCGGAGCCGUCGGUACCCCUGCCACCUUAUCCCGACACGUUCCUGCCGUCUUUGAUCCUCCCACUGCCGUCAUCAACCCUCGCCUCUUUCACCGAAUCUCUCCUCGCCCACCUCACCCAUCACCUGAUUAAUCCUGCUUCACCACUUGCCCCAGACCAGCCGGACGAACGCGUCAAACGCGCGGUAUCUGUCCUGAAGAGCAUUUUGGGUCAGCCGCAAGUCGACGGAGAAGCUUGGGGGGCUGUGACCCGAAGCGUCCUGAGCGCGAAGGGCAAAGGGGUGAUGUCUAUGGAUGCAUGGAAAGAACAAGCCAGGAAUAGACUGGUGGUGGGGUGGGUGGCCGAGGGGGGCGAAACGACCGCCAAGGCGUUCAUUGAGGUUGUUGUGGACGCUUGGACGGACCCAAAAUACGUCAAAUUCUCCAUGUACUCCCAACAGUUUCGUUUGACACACAUGCUCUUGCAAGCGUUCUCCUUGUUGCCACGGUAUUCGCCCUGGCUGGUUCAGCUUUCAUACCGAGGACGCUUCAUCACUUCUUUCCAAUCCUACCUUUCCCAUCCAGAUCCAUCAAUACGUCGCCUGGGCAUGGUGGCUGCCGAAAUCCUCAGCGAACUCACAAUCGUCGAAGACGACAUGCAAGUAGACAAAAGCGAGGCGGAUGAGAUUGAAGAGCUACGGAAAGGGCUCGAGGUGGAUGAAGAUGGUGAUGGGGAGAUGUUACCAAAGAAGCCGAAUGGUCCGAAAAACAAGGCAGAAAGCAAGAGGCUCAGGUUUCAUGGGAUGUGGGAAGGGACUGGGGAUGGUAAGGACGAAUGUCGAUGGCUUAGAUGGGGACUUGGCGUACGCGAUGUUGACGCUACCAUCGGCUCAGAAUGGGAAGGGUGGCUAUUGGGGUGGAACGAUGUCCCGCAAAUUCCAAUGCAGCCCGAAGAAUCACCCCGACCACGAGGAAGGGUCCACUCUAAACCAUCUCGACCUCCCUCCCCCAAGACGAAGAAGCCGAGAAAACCAAAGAUUGUCAUGCUCGACGACCCUCAAGUCGAUGACCCUCUUUCUGGCUAUGCCUCUUCGUCACCAUCCUCUUCCCGUGCUCCAUCGCCAACACCAGAAUAUCUGGAAGAAGUCGCCAACGACCCGACUUUGGGGCUCGAUGAGGCAAACAGAAAGAAGGUGCAGAGACCCGUGUAUAUCGGACAGUUGGUGGCACUUUUAAAAGAACGAGAAAAGCCAGAGUGUGUAGAGAUGGCUCUGCAGUGGGGCGAGGGACUGAUACGGGCCAAGAGAGAAUUCGGGACAGAGCUGUCGGAAAAUGCGGUUGCCGUCACGUUGAUGACUCUCGGUCUCAAUGACCAGUUCCAGAUUGAAGAUUUCGAUGACAAGAGGCAAGGAAUCAUGAAUGCUCUUGCUGCUUGCGCACCGAAACAGGCUGCUCCCUUCCUGAUCGAACAAUAUUUCAACCCCCAAUACUCCCUACAAAACAAAUCUUGCAUUCUCACAGCCCUUGCUAUGGGGGCUAGAGAGUUGGCGGGGCUGUCUGUGCCGCAGGCAUCUAGGACCACUCGAGCCAUCGACUUCCCUUCCAAGACGCUACCCCCAAAUCUGCACAAAAAAUACGUCAGUGCCGCCGACGUACCUCCCAGCAGGCAUCUGGAAGAUAACAGCCAAAGUCAGGUUGACCAGGCAAUCGACGGCGUCCGAGACCUCAUACUGUCGAAAGGAGUGAAGAAGGGCGAGGAGACCGUGCCAGAGUUUGCCAGGGAAAGGCGCCUGAGAGUGGGGGAGCCCAAACGCGCCAAGGUUGCCGACGUCAACUCUCUAGCCGCAUCGCAAAUGGCCCGGGCCACUCGCCCGCCCCCUGUCGUGCCCUUCAAGGCUAUAGCGGCCGAAUACUUCAUCCUGCCGCUCGUCAACCGCUUCUGGCAUCAUUUCCAGGAUGCUUCAAUCCGUGAAGAGCGAGCAGUACAGAUGGGCUCUAGGUUCAGAGCUGCCGGGGCAGGAUUGGUAUUAUCGCCUAUGGCAAUUGAAAAGUUCUUGAUGGCUCUAGCUUUGAUGCUUGAUGCUGCUCGGCACUCUACAGUGUUUCUAAGUGUCAUCUGCCCGGAGGCUAUGGAGCUUGCAGUGACCAUUGGAGUACGACACCCUGCUCGUCCAAAACUGUCUUCUGACUCCGAGCUUGAUGAUCUGUCAAGGGUAGAAGCUCAAGUUCUGUCUGCCGCAUUAGAACUGGCUCUCGUCUGCCUCGACAUCGCCGUAGACUUGGACGGAGGGCGGACAUUGGCAAGGGAAAAGUCUGCUCUCAUCUUGGCGGCAGGAGAAUGGGCGAGCGAAGUAUUCAAAACCGAGACGGAGGGUGGGGAGGUCAGUGCUGGGCAGGGAGGAAGAAAUGAAGGGAAGAUUCGAGCCGAGGCUGCGGGUAUCAUCAUCAAAGUAGGGGAGAUUGGCGACAAGUGGGGCAACUUGGGGAUGGGAUUAGGCAUGUGA